AUGCAUCAGCAAAAGGUCAAGGCCAGCCUGAAGGCUCUCCGCACCCUCAAGGAGAUUGAGCGCGAGCUCAAGCUCUUUGGCCUUACCAACCAGGGCGCUGCAGCCAUCGUCCGCUUCGCCAAUACCCUCAAGAGCGUCCGCAAGCUCCGGGCUUCCCACAUUCUCUUGUUGACUCCUGGCCGUCGCCUCCAUCCUCCUUCUCCGCUGUCUCAGCACGUCUGGAACCAGGACGAGAUCGAAGAUGAACUCCCUGCCUCUGACGGCCUCCUUGGCGAGGAAGAGACUGAGGAUGCCUCCUCCGCUUACGACGACGAGACUUUCCACUCUGCUAAGGAGGUUGUUACUGUUCGUCUCCCGCCCGCUCAUAUUCCUCGCAACGCUUUUGGGGAGUCUUUUCUCCAGGCGUCGUCUCUCGUUGAUUUUCUUUGGCUGGCUCCUUUAAUUUCUUUGGGAAAGGAGUCGAACGCCACUGUCAACAAUGCCUGCCAUUGA